GCAGGCUAUCGUCAGCUGAUAUUUGCUCGGAUAUCGCAGAGUUAAUUUCUUAUCUCUAACUUAAACUACUUUCUCCAGUGAAAAUGGCAGAUGAUUUUAUUUUUGACUUUCUCCAUAUGGAAGUAGUUGACUUUGUGCAGCGAACAACAAACCCAGAUGAAAAGGAUAAAGUGAUUUCCAAGCUAGAGCAGAUGGGUUAUCGAGUGGGCCAAAGUCUGAUUGAGAAGUUCACGAGAGACAGCCCUCGAUUCAGCAGUGAGCUGGACAUCAUCAAAUUUGUGUGCAAGGAUCUAUGGAAUGGGGUCUACAAGAAGCAGGUUGACAAUCUCAGAACAAACCAUCAGGGGGUGUAUGUUUUGCAAGAUAACAAAUUCAGACUGCUCACUCAGAUGUCCUCUGGCAAACAGUAUAUUGAAUCAGCACCACGGUACUUAGCAUUCCCAUGUGGUUUGAUACGAGGUGGUCUGGCAAACUUAGGAGUCAACUGUGUCGUGACGGCAGAAGUCAGCACGAUGCCAGCAUGUAAAUUUCAGAUCAUGAUUCAGAGGACAUAACAUAGCAUCAAUCAGUGGCUCGCCGUGUCUGGAUUCUUUAUGUAAAGGGCCAAGGAUGAAGCCUGGACAGUGCUGUUGACUCAGAAUAUGUAUAUAUAGAUCAUACCAUGACUGAGCAUUAUGGCAUGGCAUUGGGUCUUCCGAUGUUCUAUCUGGACUUGGUUUACUGGCUCAGUAGAUAAAAAAUGGAAUUUAGCACGAUGUAAACUCAUUGACUUCAAUGUUCUGUAAUUGCCAGAGACUUUGUAUACAUGGACCCACAGUUCCAGUAGGCAAUUAGCUGUGAAACUUGACAAGAGGAUAUGACCAACUUAGGCAGUUGCCACUCUACUCUAAUUUAUCAUCCGAGUGACUAUUGCUUGGUAUAGUCAUAAUGACUACCACAUUGUCAUUUCAUGUUUUGUUGAAUCGGACAUCAGGAUUAUUAUCUUGCAACUGGAGUUGUAGCAAGUUGCAGUCAUCUCCAUGAAGCUCUGAAUUCUACAGAAUUUGUGAAAAUUGAAAUGCUAGAACCUUUAUCAAAGUUGUUAUCAGACAACUAAUAUGGGCUCAGUUUUGGACAUUGGGGGAGCGUUUCAUCAAUAUUUUCAUCUGACAAGUUGUCAGAUCUGACAUCUUUCCAUGAUUUUGAUUGGCUGAG